AUGUCACUUCGAUCGUUAAAAUCAGCUCGCGAGAUUGUCGCUCAACUUGGCUCAGGCGUGGGUGCCCAAAAGCUUUUACCUGACGUAUCAAAGAUUGCCUUGACUUAUGCAUUCAAGGGCAAGACCGAAUGUGCUGGUGCAAAGCACUUUUUGCAAGAGAGUCUUCCACGCAUGCAAUACAACAACCCUAAUGUCGAAUUUGUUGUCGAAAGUUCAGCCGAUCCUGCCACGAAGCCUACUGUCACUGUUCAUUUUGGUGAACGAGGCUCCAAAGUAUUUGCCGUUCCAAGCACGCAUUCGGAUAGCAUAUGCCAACAAGUUUUUGAAGCAAAACCAUAA